AAAUACCUUACUAGUUGACUCGCCAGCCAAUGUCCAACCAUCUAAAAUAUGCCAGUGUUACCUGUUUUAUUGAGAUACUUUUUGGCUUUGGUUUUCUUGGCUGACAGCCAGAGAGGGCAAAUGCAUUGUGGCCAGUAGGGCCAAAGUUGGAGAACACACAAAGACCAAAGGCAGUAUGGAUAUCAUCUGCAGCCUUCAGUUAUUAUUGUCUUCAUUUCGUUAUCAGUGAAAAAUAAAUUUUAAUGGCACAUGAAUUUGUUUCUUCCGUUCUUCCUUUGUCCCUACUGUUCAUGCAGUAAAAUAAGCCAUAAACAACCUCAGAGAAAUAUUUAAGGAAGUUAUAUCAUAAAAUUCAAAACAAUUUGCACCUGCUCAGACUGUAAGCAUGUUUUCAGUAAAUCACUCACAUUUUAACAGUGUUGUGAGAUGAUGAUAAGCCAGUGGCUGGAAGGUACAGCAGUUCAGCUAGAAAAUCUCCCUUGCUGUAGUUUUUAGAAACAUACGGUCCACAAAAUGUUUAAGAGCAUGUUGUAUCCACCAUGAGGAAACAAGAGGACAGCCCAAGUGAGGGCCUUGGUAGCCAGCCAGCGCCGCUAUUUAUGAUUGAGCUCCCUGCUCACAGACCGGUUCUUCUGUUUGUCUUCUCCUCUCCCAGAAACCAGGCAGACAAACAGAGGGAAGCGGGCUGGCUUUGCAAAUUGAACUGCAAUCCUGAAUAUUUUUAUGUAAUUGUAAGCGUGCAUAUAAAGAUUGUGGCUUAGUGCGAUAUAUCAAAUGUGUCCUGAAUGUCUCAUAUUUUUCUGUAACACUAUAGAUCCUCUCUUACUUCUAAUAUAAACAAAUAUUGUUGGUCCCCAGUGCUCUUUUUCUCAUGUAAAAACAAUGCAACCAUUAAUUCAACUUCAUUCUCACACUUAUAGCAGGAAACAACAAGAAUAUCAUCAGUGACGGUCAAUGACUUACAACAGUUUUAUUUUAACUGAAAGUGAAACAACAAUUUGUUACACCACUAAUCAGUGGAAAAAUAUUACUGUAACACUAAACCGCUCAACUCUGGUGUGUGUGUGUGUGACAAUUUGUGUGUAUGUUAAUGAGUCAUGUCUGAAUAUGAAGUGCGCCGUGUUUCAAAGACGAGUAUCAUUAGGCUCAUCUAAUGAGCUUUAGUGUGUCUGCGGGGGUUGGCGCCAGAACUUAGCGAGCUUCCUUGAUGCGACUAAAUUGAGCACGUAUGACCGCUGUCCUCUGGAGUUGGUCCGAUGCAUCAAACACAUCCUCUACACGGAGCAGAGGCUCGUCAGAGAGGCUACCAAUUCAAGCUCUCCAGUCGGCGGGAUGAUGGACAGCAUGUCUCAGAAAUACCAGCAGAUCAACCAAGCUUUUGAGGAGCUUCGCCUGCUGACCCAGGACACAGAGAAUGAUCUGCGGAAGCUCCAGCACAACCAGGAGUACUUCAUCAUCCAGUACCAGGAGAGCCUCCGUAUUCAGGCUCAGCUGACCAGCCUGGCCACGCUGCCCCCUGCUGACCGACAGCUACGGGAGCCCGCCCUUAUCAGCAAGCGGGCCACUGUGGAGGCAUGGCUGACCAGAGAGGCCAACACACUACAAAAAUACAGACUGGACCUGGCAGAAAAACACCAGAAAACAUUGCAGCUGUUGAGGAAGCAGCAGACCAUCAUUCUGGAUGAUGAGCUGAUCCAGUGGAAGAGACGGCAACAGCUGGCAGGCAACGGGGGCCCGCCAGAGGGAGGCCUGGACAUCCUGCAGUCCUGGUGUGAGAAGCUGGCAGAAACUAUCUGGCAGAACAGGCAGCAGAUUCGGAGAGCAGAGCACCUCAGGCAACAGCUGCCCAUCCCCGGCCCCAUUGAAGAGCUCCUCAACGAACUCAACAGCACUAUCACAGAUAUCAUCUCAGCGUUGGUUACUAGCACCUUCAUCAUAGAGAAACAGCCUCCACAGGUGCUAAAAACCCAAACCAAGUUUGCUGCUACGGUGCGCCUCUUAGUCGGUGGGAAGUUGAAUGUGCACAUGAACCCUCCGCAGGUCAAGGCAACCAUUAUCAGUGAACAACAAGCAAAGGCCCUGUUGAAGAACGAGAACACAAGAAAUGACAGCAGCGGGGAAAUUCUCAACAAUAACUGUGUGAUGGAGUACCACCAGACUACAGGCACUCUCAGUGCCCACUUCAGGAACAUGUCUUUAAAGAGGAUCAAGCGAUCGGACCGGCGAGGAGCUGAAUCUGUCACAGAGGAGAAGUUUACCAUUCUGUUCGAGUCCCAGUUUAGUGUUGGAGGCAAUGAGCUUGUCUUUCAAGUGAAGACAUUAUCACUUCCUGUAGUGGUGAUAGUCCAUGGUAGUCAAGACAAUAAUGCCACUGCAACUGUGUUGUGGGACAACGCUUUUGCAGAGCCGGGACGGGUGCCUUUCCUUGUGCCAGAUAAGGUGCUCUGGCCUCAGCUGUGUGAUGCCAUCAACAUGAAGUACAAGGCUGAGGUGCAGAGUAACCGAGGCCUGUCUGAGGAAAACUUGGUCUUCCUGGCUCAGAAGGCUUUCAGCAGCUCCAGCAACAACCCUGAUGACUACCGCAACAUGACUAUGACCUGGUCACAGUUUAACAGGGAAAGCUUGCCAGGGAGGAACUUCACAUUUUGGCAAUGGUUUGAUGGUGUGAUGGAACUCACAAAAAAACAUCUCAAACCACACUGGAAUGACGGGGCCAUAUUGGGCUUUGUGAAUAAGCAGCAGGCUCAGGAUAUGUUGAUGUCCAAACCCAACGGCACCUUCCUUCUGCGCUUUAGUGACUCUGAAAUUGGAGGAAUUACAAUUGCCUGGGUGGCAGAAAAUCCCAACAAAGCAGGAGAGAGAAUGGUUUGGAACCUCAUGCCGUACACAACCAAAGACUUUUCCAUUCGCUCUCUGGCUGACCGUAUCAGCGAUCUCAAUCACCUCCUGUUCCUCUACCCUGACAGACCAAAGGAUGAGGUUUUCUCCAAAUAUUACACCCCGCCCCUCUCCAAAGCAGUGGAUGGCUACGUGAAACCACAGAUUAAACAGGUGGUGCCCGAUUUUGCUACAGCCAAUCCAGAUCCAGCAAGUGGAAACCCAACCUAUAUGGAUCACGGCGCCUCUCCAGCACCUGUCAAUCAUCCUCACACCUACAGCAUAUACCCACCUAUGAGUGACUCUAUGUUGGAUGCAGACGGAGACUUCGACCUGGAUGACACCAUGGAUGUGGCGAGGCAUGUAGAAGAGCUCCUGCGGCGGCCUGUAGAGAGCCAGUGGGGCGGCCAGCAGUCUUGACCCUUGACCUAUUAACCAGUGACAACACCAAAUGAACCCUGCCUCCCAACUUACCCCACUCGCAUUGACAUUUCUCAUGGUUUAAUUCCAUUCAUUUGUCUUUUUUCAGAUAGCUAUAAUGUGAAAUGUUAAUAAUGGUUGUGAUUUUUUUUUUCAGCAUGAAAGCAUGCAUGUCCGUCUUCUCAUAGUUUUAUUUGUGUCCAUAAGUGUUUGUAAAACAGACUAGGUUUAACGGAAAACCUGCAAUGUUACAGUAUUGUGAAAAAGAAAAGAAAAAAUAAUAUUCAUUCACAUUGUGCAUGCAUUUCCCAAUUGAUUUUGAACAGAUUUAAAAAAAAAAACAAAAAAAAAAACUUAUGCUACUGUAUGAAGUCAUUUUAACAGUUGAAUGUUUUUAUUUUGUUAUAUUUUCUUCUUUGUAAAUGGGUUAUCAGUAUUUUCAUAGUGACAUUGAACUUGCCCUUUCACACAUAAAAUGAAACUUUAAUGAAGAGUUUUGCUUUUGCUCUUAACAACAUAAUCUGAGUCAUUGCUCUGCAGAGUUUCAGUCAGUUUUUUCAAAUCCAUAUACACUAACCUAAAGGCCGAGUGUGUCUCAGCUCUCUGCAACUGACAGCACACACUGCACACAGUACACAUGCGCAAGUAUAUGAUGGAUUUGUUCAGAUUUUUUCACCAGCUGUAACCCAGAAAGGGGGGGUUAAUGGGCCCCCCUCACUCUCACAGGGCUAUUUUUCUUCUGUUUGUACACAGAAAUGCAAAUCUAAGCAUUUACCCAACGCUGCCUGCUUGUCCUCUCAGGUCCUUCUGUUCCCAUCAUAAAUGCUACCUCGCAUUAUUCUAUUGACAGUAGUUGUUACUAUUGGUUCUGUUGUUGUUUCUGCACCACAUUCACACCAGUAGGUACGUUCAUUGGGUUUUGUUCUUGUAAUUUGUAUUAAUAUGUGUGAAGAAGAUCCCUUUCUGCCUGAGGGCUAACUGUCUUCUGUUGGCCGUUUUUAUGCUUGAAACCACUCACCUGAAGAAGUCCAGAGGCAUGAAGUGUCAUAUAUCUGGUCCUUUGCCUGAAUUUUAAGAGCUGUGCAUAUUUUGCCUAUCCGUCCGCUUGUCCCUGUCGUUGUGUCAUGACACUGUGGCAUAAUCGACUUGUGCAUGUGUCUGUGUGACAACAUGAUUGCGCCAGCAGCUGAAGUUGUGAGGUAUAGAUAGAUAUGCGCAGGCUUUGAAUGCCUGCGCAGACUCACCAGCCACUGCAUGGGUCACAUAUAGAACUCAAGGAGAUGGUGUCAUUUCUUUUCAUUGUGCGUCCACUUUUUGCUACUCACAUACAAGAUAAACAAAAAUGAGUGUAAUAAAAAAUAUAGAAAUAUUUUUAAAAAACUAUUACCCUACUCCCUCCUCUGAUACACACAAACACAUACAACGCUGACUAGAAAACAUGUCGUUGAUGCAGCCUUGCACCUCAGGAAUGAAUUGCUUUGCCUAGCUAAAUUGAAAAUGAUCUAUGUAUACUGAAUAUAUAUGAAUUUAUUUUCUCUAUCAUAAUUCUAUUUUUAUUGUUUCUCUGGCACUCCCCUAUUGAAUGUAACCCCUUUGCAUGACCCUGUUGAGGAUUUACAUAUAAAUACCUCCUCAGUCUGACCAGAAGUUUCAAGUCAUAUGUCACGAGAAGUACCAGUUGAAAAAGGACACAGAGAAACUGGAAAUUGGUGAAGAAUUAAUGAUGUAGCUCUUUGUUUGUCUGACAGACAUUACAGUAUUUAAACUAUUCCCUUUUCAUUUCUUUCUUUUGUAUCUCCUCUUUCCUUUUUUGAAAUCUCAAGCUACAUGGGCAGUCUUGUGAUAUAUCCUUCAUUUCCACUAUCCUCAUCAUUUUGAGCUUUGUUCCACUGUAGACUGUGUAUUUUUCCGAUGAUGUAGAUGAUGCUGUGUGUUGUUCAAUGUAUGUACCAUGUUUGUGGUUUGGGUUUAUCACUUGGAGGUUUUCCAAGAAAAACAGCUGUUGAGUUGAAAAGAAGAAAAUAAAGUUUUAUAAAUAAUUUGAACUCAACCUGUAGAAAUACAGAAGAUUUUGAUGCCACUACAAAAUAAAUGCUAUUUUUUUU